AUGAACGAUGGCGAGAUGAGCAUCCCGAACGAUGACAGCUACCAGACGCUGUCCAAUGUUCGCCAGAUUCCCAAUGCAGUGGUGCGCAAUAGUAUUCCCGAUGGGGGCGUCGGCGCGAGGGUGAUGAGGAACUCAAAUGACUGGAAAUGGGGAAAACAGGAUGGUGGAGAAGGGCACCUGGGAACGGUGCGAAACUUUGAGUCUGCUGAAGAGGUUGUCGUCGUUUGGGACAAUGGAACGGCGGCCAACUAUCGCUGUAUGGGCGCCUAUGAUCUUCGCAUCGUCGACAGCGCUCCAACUGGCGUCAAACACGAAGGGGCCAUGUGCGACUUUUGCCGACAAUCGCCCAUCUUCGGCAUUCGGUGGAAGUGCGCCGAGUGUAGCAACUACGACUUGUGUUCCAUGUGCUACCACGGAGAGAAGCACAACAUUAGGCAUCGAUUUCAUCGAAUACUCAACCCAGGAAGUGAGCGAGUCCUGAUUGAAUCAAGGCGAAAGGGCAAAAAGAUCUCGGUCAGAGGCAUUUUUCCAGGAGCCAGAGUCAUUAGAGGCGUCGACUGGCAGUGGGAAGACCAAGACGGUGGCAAUUGCAAGAAGGGCAAAGUCACUGAAAUUCAAGACUGGAGUGCGGCUAGUCCUCGCAGUGCUGCCUACGUCAUCUGGGACACUGGCUCUAAGAAUCUCUACAGAGUUGGCUUUGAAGGCAUGGCUGAUUUGAAGGUGUUUAGCGACGCCAAGGGAUACACCGUCUAUAAGGACCAUUUGCCACUGCUGGGGGAGCAGAACUCAGGUCGCACCGGAUUUCACGGAUUUCAAGUGGGCAACCUCGUCAAUAUCGACCUUGAUUUGGAAAUUGUGCAGUCUCUUCAGCACGGUCAUGGAGGCUGGACUGACGGCAUGUUCGAGUGUCUCGGCACGACUGGCACCGUCGUUGAGAUCGACGAAGACCACGACAUUGUGGUGCAGUAUCCGAGCAACAACAAGUGGACGUUUAAUCCUGCAGUGCUAACUAAAGUGGGCAACAAUCCCAAUGUGACCGUGGCGGAAGCAGCAUUUUUUGAAGGAGACAUUGUGCGCAUUUGCAGUGAUCUUGAGAAGGUGAAGAUUCUUCAGCGAGGCCACGGAGAGUUCGCCGAGGCAAUGGUGUCCACGCUCGGCAAACUGGGGCGGGUGUUACAAGUCUACUCGGACAGUGAUCUAAAGGUCGAGGUCGAAAAUCACACUUGGACGUAUAAUCCUGCUGCGGUGACAAAGGUAUCAUGUGAUAACGGGCCUUCUUCGGACGGGUUGAACACGCUGCUGAAGAAGCUCUUUGAGACAACCAUCUCGGGCGACCCGAACCAAGAGCUGGUCAAGUCGGCAGCUAAUGGCGAUAUGCAAAAGUGCGAAGAGCUGCUGAAGCGAGGCGACGUCGAUGUGAAUGGAGUUUUCAGCUCACACACCGCCCUUCAGGCAGCCAGUCAAAAUGGUCACGUCGAGGUGAUCAACGUUCUGAUGAAGUACAAGGCUAAUGUGGAGAUCGAAGACAAGGACGGCGACCGAGCGGUGCACCACGCUGCCUUUGGUGAUGAGCCACUGGUGAUCACCGUCCUGGCGAAGGCACAUGCUGAUCUGAAUGCCCGAAACAAACGACGACAGACGCCGCUGCACAUUGCCGUCAACAAGGGCCAUAUUCAGGUGGUGAAGAAGCUGCUCGAACUGGGCAGUCACUCCAGCCUGCAAGACUGUGAGGGUGACACGCCGCUGCACGAUGCUAUCACCAAGAAGCGAGACGACAUUCUGUCGCUUUUGCUCGACUGCAACUCUGAUAUCACACUGACGAACAACAAUGGCUUCAAUGCGCUGCACCACGCAGCGUUGAGAGGAAAUCCCAGUGCAAUGCGGACCAUACUGACCAAGCUGCCUCGGUCGUGGAUUGUCGACGAGAAGAAGGACGACGGCUACACAGCCUUGCAUUUGGCGGCACUGAACAACCACACUGAAGUGGCCGAGUUGUUGGUGCAGAUUGGCAAGGCGAAUAUGGACUUGCAGAAUGUGAACAUGCAAACGCCGUUGCACUUGGCAGUGGAGCGACAGCAUACGCAGAUUGUUAGGCUUCUAGUCCGUGAAGGCUGCAAUAUUAACAUACCUGACAAGGAUGGAGACACACCUCUUCAUGAAGCUCUCCGGCAUCACACACUGUCGCAACUCCGGCAGCUUCAAGAUGUGCAAGACAUUGGAAAGGUUUGCUUCUAUUGUAAAGGCCCCAUCAUACUGCUCAUGGGCUUGGGUGCUCAAGGAUCUGAUAAGAAAAGCAGCGCCGCCAUUGCCUGCUUUUUGGUCUCAAAUGGUGGCGAUCUCAAUUUGAAGAACAAGAAGAAUCAAACACCGCUAAAUCUUUGUCCUGAUCCGAAUCUCCUUGAGGCGCUGAAGAAGUGCCAGAAAGAUAUUUGUAGCCAGACAAGUCCACAGCAGCAAAGUACUGUCUCAGAUGAGCCCGAGUCGCUCACUGAAUGUAUGGUCUGCUCUGAUAACAAGCGGGACACUCUCUUUGGCCCUUGUGGACACAUUGCUACCUGUUCAUUGUGUGCUUCAAGGGUGAAAAAGUGCUUCAUCUGUAAAGAGGUUAUCCAGACGCGAACCAAAAUUGAGGAGUGCAUUGUCUGCUCGGAGAAGAAAGUGUCGGUUCUCUUUAAACCCUGUGGUCAUAUGUGUGCCUGUGAAGGCUGUGCUUCUAUUAUGAAGAAAUGUGUUCAAUGUCGACAGACAAUCGAUCAGACUCUCUCCUUUUACACUUGUUGCGGUGGAUUGCCUCCAAUCUCAAAUAAUACUGCAAAUAAUUCCAAUGCGAAUGUGAACAAUACAAACAAUGCCAACAACGUUGUGGCCAACAACUCUGCCAGCAUUAGCAUCAACACGAAUCUCAAGACGACCAACCAGCACAGCAAUGGAGGACGACUAAACACCUCGAAAAGCUCCACCGCCACUACCAGCACAUCUCCGAAUGACAUACAGAAGUUACAGGAGCAGCUGCAGGACAUCAGAGAGCAGACAAUCUGCCCAGUGUGCCUGGACAAGUUCAAGAACAUGAUCUUCCUCUGUGGUCAUGGCGUCUGUCAGAUGUGCGGCGAUCGCAUGACUUCCUGUCCAAUCUGCCGAAACACCAUUGAGAAGCGAAUUUUACUCUACUAA